AUGUCCCUUUUUAAAGUAAAACAAUGGUGGUCUAACGAAAAAUCCCUAAGUGAGGUUUGCGAUGAGGGUACUCAAAAUGGCAAAUGCAUUAAAGUCGACAGAUUUAACUCACACAGCGAUAGCGACUGUUUAAUUGUUGGCCAAGGUUCCUUAAUGAAAAUUUAUAAGCCAAAUUCCGAAAACGAUGACUCCCAUUCAAUUUUAGAGUCACAACUAAAGGAUGUCGUAUUGCAAAUCGAAACAGGAAAAUUUAUAGCAGACUCUCCUGAUCGUCAAAUAUUGAUAUUACAUUCUAAAAGUUACGCUAUAUAUACGUUAGAACGAACAAGAGGUCAAAUUGAUGUUGGUGAGCAGAAUGUAUUAUCUCCCGUAAUAAGUCAUUUAUUUACAAGGCGAGCUUUUAGCACGACGUGUGGUCCAUUUGGCUAUUCAAAAAGAGAUCUGAUAUGCAUUCAGGCUUUAGAUGGUACAUUAAGUUUCUUUGAUCAAGACACAUUUUUAUUUAUGUGUGUGUUCAACGACAUAUUGAUACCGGGACUGGUACAUUUUAUACCAAACAGUGAUCAAUUUAUAAUUUGCAAGUCGACUUGGAUUAUGGAAAUAUAUAGUUAUCAACAACUAGGCGAGUUAAGCGAAUUGAGUACUCGACCAAACAGGAAAAACAUAAACAUACCCCAAUGGAUCUAUAAUGCAGGAGAAGAAAUUAUAUCUAUCCAAGUUAUACGAACGAGUAACAGUUUUUCCAGUAUUGUAGCAGUUGGUGAGAGACAUCUGUAUUGCUUUCAAGAUAAUGGUCUAAUGAAAUUCAUGAUUCGAUUUGAUUAUAUGCCGAUUUGUUUUCAUGCAUAUUUAAUUGGAUGGUACUAUGAGCCAAAUUCCCGACUGCUGGUUAUGGUAGCUUCUGAAGAUUCAAAACUAUAUAUUUAUGAAGGCACAUCACUUUUAUGGUCAUGCGAUUUAACCCAUAGACCAAUAUCAAUAGCUCGUUGCUAUCUGAACGCUUUACCGGGCGGUAUUGUAACUCUGUCAACUAAAGGUAUAAUACAUGUUAGUUUCUUGGGAACUGAACCGGAUUUAAAUGCAAAUGGAAAACCAAUGAAUGAUAUGGUUGAUCCUGAUCAAAUUCAAGAUGAAUUAGACUCGGUCGAAAACUCAUUGCAGAAAGUCAUGGAUGCUAGAAAAGAAUUUGAUGACGAAAACGAGGAAGGCGACCAAAUUGUAAAUAUUAAAGUCGAAAUCGGUACACCUAAUGAUGAUCCUAUUUCAAAUUAUCCGCCCAAUAAUAUAGAGACUUUACAAACAUGUUCAAUGGUUGUAAUCUUAAGUUGUGUCAAUCCAAGCUCCAUACAAAGUAUUCAAAUAACGUAUGACUGUGUGCCUCCUAUUGCUUGUUCGGACACGGCUUUAUGUUUCGAAAACGUAAAUGGUACAAAAAUUAUAGAGACCCAGGUUUAUAUAUCGAAUGAAGCAGAUAUAUCCGACUGCGGUAUAAAUAUUGUAAUUAGUGCCGUCGACAUUAAAGGGAAGAUAAAAAUUAUGUCAAAGCGAGUAUUGCUACCACUAAAGCUUUACUGCGUACCCGUUGACAACGUCGUGGAAAAUAACUUCAAAUUAAGUUUUAAAACUAAUCAACCGUGUUUAGAUUUGUCUGAAAUAUUUACUGAGUUUACAAAAGAAGAUUUAGCAAGUACAAUUAAAAAUAAUUUAACAUUCAAAUAUCGCACUUCAAACAAAACAGUUACCGUUAAAGCUGAUGAUGAUUUGUAUGCAAUAGAAACGAAUGAGCUUUCUAUUAUGUCGCCAAUAUUUGAAUAUUUUGUAAACAAUUUAAAAAAACAUUACGCCAGAGCUGGUGUAACCGACUUUAAGAUACAUUUUAAUUUAGAUGAAGAAUUAAUAAAGGUUGUUUUGCAUACCUUUUUAAAAAGCAUCGAAAAUCAUGCUAAAGAAAGAAUCAAAACGAAGAGCUUGGAGUAUGAUCUCAAUGUACUUCAAAGACAGUUCACUCUGGUGCAGAAGAGGCUGUUAGUUCAAUACGGAUCGUUACCCCCGGGUAAUUGUGAUGGUUUAGAAUUUUUAAUGAAUGAUACACACGAGCGCAUUAAGACAGUCGCAUACGGAAUAAUGCAGAGUAAAAGAUAUGUAUUUAGCGCUGGCAACAUUUUAAGAAGAAUUGGAAGCAUUAUUAUUUAUAUACUCAAAGAAAAAUUAAAUGACGAUUUCAAAGUGAAACUCGUUGAGGAGAUGUUGUCUUUAAAUACUCUUAACGAUCAAUUUCAAGAAUGGGAAGAACACGUCGCCCAGGGUCUAUCAUACAUUCUUAAUAAAGUAUUUAAAAAAUCAGAGAAGGAUAAAGAGAAGCUUGCACCCGUCACCGAUCAAGAUAUACUAUCCCAAACUAACUUGAAAAAGUUUUUAAAGCAAAUACGUAUAAUAUUUGAAAAACUUCUAAUCGAUUGUCAAGACACUAGCGAGAUAAAGAAUAAUGUAAUACGCACAGAGGAAUUUGUUGAAGUUAUAUAA